UUAGAAUAAUUUUCAUCGCCAAAACUCGCAAUGAGUGAGUUGUUGAAGAUUUAGCGCAUUGUGUCUAGGCUAGGCCUUUAAAUAAAGAUACUCUGGUCUGGAUACAGCUAGUCACACUCUUAAUUUCUUUAUUUAUUGUUACAAAAUACAGGAAAAAUUUCUUAAAAAAUAACAUACACACCUCAAAAAAUAUAAGAAAACAAAACAAUUUUCCAACAUCUCACUGAUGGCGAAUCUUUACCAUAAAAAUUAUUGAAAUUAAUUUUUUUAUUAAUCUCUAUGCCAGUGCUAAAAAACAGAUAUGUACAUAAAAACUAUGAUUCCAGUCCUAUGAGACACCUGUAUGUAUUACGUAACAAAGAGAUGUCACUUUUAAAUGAAUGGGAUGUUUUCUUGUUUACGGUAUAUGUAUUCUUCAAGCAAUCCUCUGUCCUUAUCUACUGAUAUUGAUUGCUGUCCUUUUAGUAGUAUUCUUUGCUUUGUGGACCAUCUUUAGCAGAGUGUUGAAAAGCGUAAAACAUUUGGAAGGAAAAUUGAAAAGUCCAGUAUUUUCACAUCUGAGUGUAUCUCUUUACGGACUUACAACAAUUAGAGCGUUUAAUGCUGAAAGCAAAUUUAAAUCUAUGUUUAAUAAGUAUCAGGAUAAGCACACCGCAGUGUGGUUCUUUUACGUGGCGUUAAACCGAUGGCUUUCCAUAUACGGUCAUAUGAUUUGUAUCGUAAAUCUUAUUAUUACUGUUAUUAUUUUCGGUGUUUCAAAUAAUGCAGAUGACGCAGGAAGCAAAAUUGGACUUAUAUUGAAUUACGGAAUAAUAACAACUUUGUAUUUUCAACAUAUUACUUCAUUUGCAUCUGAAAUGGAAUUUCAGAUGAACUCGGUAAAACGUAUUCUGAAAUACAGCAAUUUGAAAUCGGAAGCUUCGUACGAAAGUUUGCCCGAAAAACGACCACCUUCGAACUGGCCCCAAACAGGAGAAAUUCAUUUCGAUAAUGUUUCUUUACAAUACUCCGAGGAUAAAAACAUCGUUUUAAAGAAUUUGACUUUUAGUAUUGGCUCUGGAGAAAAGAUAGGAAUUGUCGGGAGAACAGGAGCUGGAAAGAGUUCUAUAAUUGCUUCGUUAUUUCGCAUGACGGAGCCAACGGGAACAAUCACCAUCGAUGGAGUCAACACAAAGGAAAUCGGUCUUCGGGAUCUUCGUAGUAAAAUAUCCAUUAUCCCUCAAGAUCCGGUGUUGUUUACCGGUCCUCUUCGAAGAAACAUCGACCCUUUCAAUGAAUAUUCGGAAGAAAUGCUGUGGAAAGUCAUAGAAGAGGUACAGUUAAAAGAAGUUAUUAGUAAAUUACCUGGAGGGUUGGAUACGCAUUUAACGGAAGGAGGGAGAAAUUUCAGCGUGGGAGAAAGACAAUUAAUUUGUCUGGCCAGAACCAUUCUUCGCCGGAAUAAAAUUCUCGUCAUGGACGAAGCAACGUCUAAUAUUGAUAGAAGAACCGAUUCCUGUCUACAGAAAGUAAUUCGAGAGAGAUUCGAGUCUUGUACUGUGUUGACAAUAGCCCACAGAUUACAUACAAUUAUCGAUUCGGAUAGGGUUCUGGUACUAGAUACAGGAAAAUUAAAAGAAUUUGACUCCCCGUAUGCAUUACUGAAGAACGCAAAUGGUAUAUUUUAUAAUUUGGUAAAGAAGACGGGAGUAACUUCAAUGAAUGAAUUAUACAAUAUUGCCAAAGAGAAAUAUUACGCUAAAGAAAGGGUCGAACAAACAAAACUAUAAAAUAGUGGAUUGUCUUCAAGCCUAUAUCCGUCUUUUACAGAUCCGGUGUUAUGUUUAUUAUUUAAUUAAUUCUGUUCUUAGAGACAUUGAGUCAAGUAGUAUUUUCGCACAUCAAGUAAAACAUAAAAUUGCUAAUAUGUAAACAUUUGUGAGUUUAACUGUUAAAUUUAUCUAUGAUAAACAUUACCUAAAGAUAAUCGGAAGUUUUUUGAGAUAAUAUUUUUAGAAAUAUUUACAAUGGUUUAAUUCCCGAAAUGAAUUGAAUUUUAAUGUAUUAAAGAACGGUAAAUGGCUUUAACUGAAAUAAUUUAAUGCAAGAUUUGUUAAUGAAUUUAGUCAGAAAAUGUUAAUCCAGAAUAUAAUUCCAAUAGUAAAUAUGUAUUGUGGCAGAAAUUUGCUUUACGGUAAUAACUAAAAUAACUAGCUUUACGGUAAUAACUACUGUUCUGAAUGUUUUUGCAUUCGUAUUAUUUUCGUUUCUGUGUCUAAUAUUAAAUCGACAUCUUAUAGGAAACAGAUGUUUAGUUAGUUUUCUUAGUGGUCUGUGGGUAAAGGAAAUUCUUUAUUGCAAUAUAAAUCACCAAAAAUUACAAAUUAAAAAUUUGAAAUCAUUAAAAUGUAAUUAAUAUUUCAUUAAACGAUAAUUUACAUAAUUAUACCGGUACCCCAUAAAGAAGAAAUGAAUUUAAGUAUUGAAUGUUUUGUAUUGGAAGAAAUUAACAAAUGAAACAAAUAAAAUUAGACAAAAACUGAAAACUUAUUGUUAUUCGUAAAACUGUACUUUAUGCAAACGCGAACAAUGUUUAAAAUUUAAAAAAUAAUUUCGUAAACAGAUAGAAGACAUCCAGACGGCAAGUUGUACGGGCGCUAAAUUCGCCCAGUUAAGUAUUUAAUGUAUAUAGAUAAUAAAUAAGAUAGGAGGAAUUAAACGUGUGAUAUUUGUAUCAUGAUGAUUGAAAGAUAUUUUUGAUAAUAUCAUAAUUAAUGAAUAUAUUCAUAUUACAGUUAGUAAAUAGUAUAGUUAAGUAAUUGCUAAUAACAGUCUUUUAGAUAGUCGAAAAAGGCCCGUGGCCGUAGCAUCUCGAAAUAAAAUUAAACAGACAAGCAAAUAGAAUUCGAAUUAGAAACUAAAGAAAACAAAAUUGAAAGACAUCGCUUUUAGAUUUGGAAAAUCUACUUUAUUACAUAAAGGAGUUUCGGCUUUAAAGGGCAUGCUUGUAACAGUAACACAAGAAUAAGUUUCUACCCUCAGUAAAAACUAGUUUUUUAAGUGUAACAGGG